GACAAACACGCACCUUGAAUGCUUGUAAACAGAAGCGCACACGUAUCGUCUGCUGAACGGACAAAGAGCGACACAGUCAACGGUUAUUAUCACCGCGCGGGGAAUAACGGACAGCUGCCAUGACAACGGACGUUAUCUGCUCCCGUGUGACGCCGACUGACCCCCGCGGUGUCCGAGCGAGUUUUGACGGUCUGAAAAGGCUCCAUGUUCGGAUCUAAAAUCGACGACGGUAAGCCGAGGAGAGUAAACAAAGCUCGGCAGCCUUUGUUAGCUGCGUCGGUUACGUUAAAUCUCACUUUUCACGCCAACGUUUAAUGCUAACUAAUCUGCGCUAGUGGUAGCAUUUAGCACCGAGGGCUCCUCUCUUUGUUUUUGUUUUUUAAUCUUUCCGUGUUUGCUUUUACUGGCUGGAUGAGAUGUCCUUCACAAUGGAGGAUAACUUAGAGUCCGAGUGGGUCUCUGUCCGACCGAAAGUCUUCGACGAAAAGGAGAGGCAUAAAUUCGUCUUCAUCGUGGCCUGGAACGACAUCGAGGGAAAGUUCGCCAUAACCUGCCACAACAGAACCGUGCAGAGACGGAGCACUUUGCUGGACCUCGACGUCCCCACAACAACAACAACAACAACAACAACAACACCAACAGCCGCUGAACUGCUUCCUGCCGCGGCGGAAAAACGCACAAAAAGUCCCGUGAAAACAAAGACAGAUGAAGUGUGUCAAGCGGGUAAAGUUAGACCACACUCUGUCCCCAAAGGAAAACCCUCAACAAAGGCUGUCAAAGUGUGCACUUCAAACACUUCAGACUGUGUCGGCUCCUGGGAUAUUGUGACGCCUAAACAAAUGGAUAUGGAGAUCCUGGAUCCGGUGGAUGUCACGCAAUCCCAGGAGGAUUCAGACCCGGGAGAGAGUGACAGCAGCACCGUCCAUGAGGACUUCAGCUGGGCCGGGUUGUUCUCCUUCCAGGACCUGCGGGCUGUCCACCUCCAGCUGUGCGCGGUGAACUCCGACCUGGAGCCGUGUUUGCCCUCCUUCCCGGAGGACACGUCCGGCAUGUGGACGGUGCUUUUCGGCGCAGCCGGGGUCUCGCAGCGGGAGACGGACGCCCUGUGCUACCAGCUGCAGGUGUACCUGGGUCAUGCCCUGGACACCUGCGGCUGGAAGAUCCUCUCGCAGGUGCUUUUCAGUGAAGCGGACGACACGGAGGAGUACUACGAGAGUCUGAGUGAGCUGAGGCAGAAGGGCUACGAGGACGCUCUGGAGAGGGCCAAGCGCCGCAUGCAGGAGGUGUUGGACAAACACAAAGCCAUGGACAGCAUGGUGGAGCUGCUGCAGGUGUACCCCGAGGAGGACGAGGCGUACGGAGAGCUGCUGGAGGCGACCACUCAGCUCUACCACUACCUGCUGCAGCCUUUCAGGGACAUGAGGGAGCUGGCCAUGCUGCGCAGACAGCAGAUUAAGAUCUCUCUGGAGACGGAGCGCCUGGGUCCCCGUCGUGUGGACGGCCUGAGGAAAGAGGACGAGGAGUGGCAGAAGAAAGCUCAGGCCGCCGUGCUCUCCAUUCAGGACCUGACUGUCAAGUUCUUUGAAACCACGACCCGCGGACAGAAAGCUCUGUACGAGCGGAUGCGUGCCGACCAGAGGAAGUAUGGAAAGUCAGCGUGGGCGGCGGCGGUUGAGCGUAUGGAGCGGCUUCAGUACGCCGUGUCCAAAGAGACUCUGCAGCUGAUGAGGGCGAAGGAAAUCUGCCUGGAGCAGAGGAAACACGGCCUGAAGGAGGAGAUGCAGAGUCUGCAGGAUGGUGAGGAUGCAAUGCUGCGUCUGGACCAGCUGGAGGCGCUGUACUACGAGUUACAGCUGCAGCUGUAUGACAUCCAGGCGGAGGUGCUGCGCUGUGAAGAGCUGCUGCUCACCGCUCAGCUGCAGAGUCUACGCAGACAGAUGACAGAGCGACAGGAUGAAGUCGUGUACUACGAUGCCUUCGAGAGUCCCGAUGCCAUGAAGGGUGAAGAGGACCCCGCCGCCCCGCCAUCCCCCCUCAGAGAAGAAGAACUCUGCGUCCUGCAGCAGAGGACGCGGCAGCUCGAGGCCCGAAGAGGACGCAUCACCGCCAAGAAAGUCUACCUCAAAAACAAGAAGGAAAUCUGUGUUGUAAAUCACAACCACAAGAUUCAGCAGAGACAAGCUGACGGUGAUUCUCUGCAUUCCCUGCAACAGGGAGCGGACGGCGAGGAAGAUGAAGCCAAGAGUAACGCCAGAGUGAGUCAGGAGAGGCAGAGGACUCUGGAUAGACUGCGCAGCCUCAAACAGCGUUAUCCCGGUCAGGUGACUCUGAAGUCCAGUCGGCUGCGUCUGGCUCAGCCUCACUGCCGGAGGAGAGGCGCUCAGCAGCCCAGCACUCAGACGACCAGCGUCCAGACCGAGGUCUUCGACUCCGACCUCCCAGAACUCUCGGCUCCUCCUCCAUCUGACUCCUGCGCCUGCGAGUCUCUACCCACCGUUCAGCUACGAAGUCUGGACUCCUCCCCUCCCUUCCUCUCUCUCCCUCCCCUCUCAGCGACCCCAUCUGUUUUAUCACUGGCCCCCCCUCCUCCUCCUCCCCCUCCCCCUCCUCCUCCGCCUCCUUCAUUAGAGGACAAUCCGGGUGAGAAGAAUCCCUCAGAGAGCCCGGUGCAGCUCCAUCCUCGCGAGUCAGAACCUUCCUCUCUGCCUUUGGCUCCGUUUUCCCCUCGAUUCUUCGACAGCAGUCAGCUGCUGACGGCGAGGAAGAAGCUGAAGAAGACCGCCUCGCUUGACUCUUCAUCGUGGAGGAGGGCGGGCUCCCCGAUGGACGAGGUCCUCGCCUCCCUCAAACGGGGGAGUUUCCACCUGAGGAAGGCCGAGCUGCGAGUCCUGGCCCCGGACCCGGACGACGACGGUGACAACAUCCUGGCCCAGAUCCGUCAGGGCGUCCGGCUGAGGAAGGUGCGGACCCGACCGGAGCAGCAGCGUCACGCCAAGAGCUACCACCACUCUGCUGACGCUCUGACCCGCAGCAUCCACGAGGCCCUGCGGAGAAUCAAAGAGGCUUCACCCGAGUCCGAGUCUGAAGACGAGGGCCUCCCCUGCACUGACUGGGAAAACUAGUUUCUUUUUUUAAAAACGCUCACCUUUUGGAGGAUUUGUGGCGCCGAAGCGAAAAGAAAGAUUGAACAAAGACCUUUUUUUUUUUUUUUUUAUAUCUGAAACUGCUCAGAAGUAUUUUUUUGUUUUAUUUUGAAAUACUUCUGUGUGUUUGUAAAGAUGGACCACUAAUCUUUUUUUUUUUUUCAUGUCAUUGCUGUGGCAUUCGUGGCGAGGAUACAACCUCUAACCUCUCAUUACGUCGGUCUACACGUCAGUCGUACUGUAGCGUGCUGUGAUGGGUUUGUUUUUAGGACGUGAGUGUUUCUGCUUUUUCGUCUCCCGCUGAAACUCUUCUGUGCACGCGCUGGAGGACUUUAACCGUGUCACGGCGAUGGGUACGCCGUGCUCCAGUGCAUCUGAACAUGUGUGAAGAAUAGGCCGCCUCCCACUUUGUCCUUCAAUGAAGAAAAUUCCAUAUUUCAUAUUUGAGUCUGACUGUAUGCAAAAAGUAAGAGUCCACACAUCAGCCAUGUUUGAGCGUCGUCACUUUUCAACAGAUUUAAAAAAAACAGAUAAAUACUUAAAGUGGUUAUAUGUAACUUUAAAAAAAAAAUACUGCGUUUGUAGCGACACCGCAUGGCCGUUAGGUGAACUGCACCAGUUACCUGUUGCUUGCUCUCCCUCGCGUCCACAAACGAGCAUCAUCAUCGGCUGCCAAACACUGGAUAUUUACCGGCAUAAUGUUUACAGACUGUGCGUGCGUGCGUGCGUGCGUGCGUGCGUGCGUGCAGUAAAAUGUCCCUGGAGCUUGGGGAAACAUUUUAUAUCUACUUCACAUCAGUUAACCGUUCGCUUAAUGGGCGAUAAAAAACGAUUUAUAAAUAAAAAGUCACAUAUAGAACCUUUAAAGAGAAAAAUAUAACGAGAGGAAGAGUUUUUAAUUUACCAGAAAACUCAAUGUCUAAGACGCACUUUUAACACCUUAAUGAUCGAUAUGCUAGAAUAGAACAGAGUUACGGCGCUGCAUUAUUUAAGAGUAUACGGGAUACGCCGUAAGUGAAGCCACCGCCACCAUCACCCGCUGAACGCAAACUCUCCCUCUUUCAUUCACGGUUUUAUUGCAAUCGCUGCUUCCUGUGCAAAGCAUGCUGGGAGACUUAGCGAUGCAGACCGGUCUGGGGGGCACCACCUUUUUAAACAUAACGGUGGUGAAGCUGGUGGAGUCAAACAUCAAAGUCAUCCAAUGAUGUUUGCUGUACGUCUCCAUGGAUACACGGCUAACAGGAAGUGCUCAUAACUAAUUCGUCUGUGAUCAGGAUGUCGUCAAAACCAGAAAACCAAACGUUUCAGAACUCACUGAUUUGAUCGACUUUGUAAUAGGAGUGAAAGCCAUCGAUGUUUAUAGAGAUAUGACUUAGAAGUAGAUGAUGUAGAGAUGCAUGAUGCAGCAGUUUAGAAGAGAGAGUCUAUGUUCGGAUAUGAUCCAAAUAAAAACGGUUUCCUCGCAGCCCAGACGGGAUUUAAAAGGAGCUCCGCACAGCCGGACCAGAAAUCUGAAAACAAACGUCUGAACCUGCUCCGUCACAGCUGUCUCAUCUCAGACGGGAUCCCUGUGAGCUUAAUGCUAACGCUUAAGCUAACGCAACUAUUUCCAAAGAAUUAUAAAUAAACCUGAAAAAACAAACACUGGAGAUGUUAACUCACGAACAGCUGUCGUUUUUCAGACCAUCGUUUGAUCUUUUUUUUCCUCGCAGGACGCCUUUUUGACCGCGUCAGUAUUUCAAAAAGAUAUAAAUAUACUUACACACGUACUGUUUAUACUUCAGCACACGUUUAUAUAUGAGCCAUUACUUGAACAUCGUCUUGUCUGUGAUUGGCUGAAUGUGCUUUGACUCUUCAGAUGGAUGGAUGAAUAUAAUGUUGUGAUGUUUGCUGUCGUGGUCACCCUCCAUUUAUUUAUGUUACAUCACCGUUAAACCACCUUCUCGAUACUUCAAACAUCACAAGAAAAUUCAAUCUUCAACGGUUUAAAGCAACAAUCUGUAACUUGUCGUCCUAAAAACAGUCGCCUCAAAGUCGAUCUACGAGAACUAUAACAUUCAACAGGGAGAGCGGUGUCUCUCGUGUCCACAGAGCGCUCAGUCACCUGUUUUCAGCACCAUGUAGCUUUGUGAUGUCAUGAGGUGCGCAGGUCUUUAUGUGACUAGUUCACUCAGCAGCCUUCAGCUACAAAGCAGCCAGUUAGCUCGUCUCUGUACUGUUUGAUACGACGGCUAAGAGGAAGAGGAAGCGGACAGGGACGCUGACGGGUGAAGCUAAGAACAGAGAAAGAUGCAGAACAAACUGAGACGUAACCUUAGCUUGUAUCGUUGUCUCGUGUUUAGCAGCUUUACCGGCUGCAGAAAGUCGUCUAACCCGAGGCAUGUCUCAGGUUUCAGUAGUCAGAUGAGCUCAAAAUCCGUUAAUAUUACUGAAUGUCGUCAGUGGACGUGGGUCUUUGGCCUCUCGCGUCUUUACCAUCUUUGCGCCCUCUUUUUGUCAGAACGCAAUUGCAGUCUGAGACCUUCGGUGGGCGCCAAAUUCCUACAUAUUGUUGCUUUACACAUCAUUUAACUGUUAAAACUGUUUCCAGUAUGAUGAUGACUCCUUUUUAAAAAAAUGUUUUAUUUAUCGCUACAUGACUAUGUUUGGUUUUGGGACCUUUUAGAUUAAGGAAAAACACAUCAAAUACAUCUUUUGGGGAAUUGUUCACUAUUUUCUAGACUAACCGCUUAAUCAAAAAUAACCUGCAAAGUUAUUUAUCAUAAACAGUUUGAAUGUAUGUUACGGGGUCUUUAGGUCAUGCCCCCAUUCAAAAUAUUUUAAAAAAUAAAUGUUUAACAAAGCCAGAAUAUUUAUAGUCUGUCGACGAGAUUAAAGUCUGAUGCUUUAUCGCCCUCUGCUGGUUACUGACGCAGCCUUCUGCUCUCCACAAACUGACAACAUUCAGAUCUUAUGACGUCUGUAUUUAUUUUUUACAUCUUUACAUUUAUCUAUGAGAGUCCUCUCUCGUUCCACUGCCUUUUUUUGUUCCUUACUUACUGGAGUUUGUUGUGUGUGUGUGUGUGUGUGAUUUUAUACGAGUCUCUCAUUACAUGUUAACUGUGUCAAACCUGAAAACUCACACUGACCCUUCUAUUUUUUUUUAUAAGUCAUGCACUGAUGGCUAAAUUUAAAGGAGUAGUUCGACUCUUUUGGAAAAGUGUUUGUUUAUUUUGUUGCUGAGAGUUGGAUGAGAAGAUGUGAACAAUUAUCUGAUUUAAAACGGCAAACGAAAGUCAGAUUCUCCCUUGUCUUUAGCAUUUAUGCUAAGCUAACUGCUAGCAUCAUAUCUACAGUAUGGACAUGUGUGGUAUCAAACUUCUCGUCUAAGUCUCAGCAGAGGAUUGCAAACUGUAAACCUUUUCCUUAAAGCAUGGAGUCGCAGCUGUGAUUAGAAAACAUGUUAACUAAGGUUUAAAAUCAUCGACAGCUUAGCUCAAACCGUUUCUCGUCCAUGUGAAGAUCUUUGAUGAUACUAAACAUAGUUUCAGAUCGUGUUUAAACGUACAUUUUGGACAGUUACUCCCUCACUUAUUAUUUCUUUUGUUUGUUUUGGGUUUAAGAUACCAUUGUGCUUCUUUCUUUUUUUUUACCUUAAUGUUUAACUUGUAGAAUCUGAACUGCGUAGAUUUACUUUCGCCGUUAACAUGACCAAAUCUGACGUUUGUUUAACCUUUUAUGACCUUAUGCAUGUGACUGGUUUUAGGACGAACCCAUCACAACGUAAGUGCAAUAAUUAAGAAGAAAAAGUCAUUUUAGUAAUUAUUUUACUGUAAUGAAAUUGUAAAUCAUGAAAACUAUAUCCGCAUGCCUAAAUGUAUUGAAGUAUUUAUUGAAAAACUUCAUAUUUGAAAUGAUUUUUAAAGCGUACAAAUGUUCAUGUACUUUUUAAGGUUUUCUUUUUGGCUAUUUUGUUUCCUUAUCAUGACAUUCCUCUUGGCUUUCUAUAUCCCUGUUAUAUAUAUAUUUUACCCUUUCCAAAAUAAAAUCAAGCACCAGUUUGUUUUUGAACACUC